CAUUAUUUUCUCUUCUUCCAAUUUGGACACACAGACAGAGCAGAGUGUGAAUUUACUACUUUUCACUGUGUACACAAAAAAUACAGAGUAAACGACGAAAAACAGUUGAUACCUCAUUUGAAUAAGUCAGAAAUAUAUAUUAAAAUGCCACGAGGGGGUCCAAGAGGAAACAAAAAGACCCACAAGGGUCAAAGAAGACAUUUUACAGAUGAAUCUGAAAUAAAACAUGCACAGGAAAAAGAAGAAAGACAAAAAGAAUGGAGGAAAAAACAAGGUAUAGAAAGUGAGGAGGAGGAGGAAGCAGAGGGAAAGGAGACAGUAGUGAAAGAGGGAGAGGAAGCUAAAGGAGCUGCUGCCCCUGGGGAUCUACCACCAUCUAGUUCUGAAGAGAGUUCAGAUGAUGAAUCGGAUAAACAUAAAGGUAUAGAACACUUAAUAGAAGUUGAAAACCCAAAUAGAAUGAAAGGUCGUGCUAUUAAAAAAGUAACAGAGUUAGAAGGCGGCAAAACAGAAUUGACCAGACGAGAAAGGGAAGAAAUAGAAAAACAACAAGCAAAAGCAAAUUACCAAAAGAUGCAUAUGGCUGGAAAAACAGAUGAGGCUAGGGCAGAUUUAGCAAGAUUAGCAAUUAUACGAAAGCAAAGAGAAGAAGCUACUAAAAAGAAAGAGGCACAAAAAGCUAAAGAAGAAGCAGCCAAGCAAAAGUCAUGACACAAGUAUCAACUGAUAUACACACAAAUGGGAGGCUUGCCCCAAGCAAGGAAGAAAACAUGAAGAAAUAAUUGGACAUUGGAUAUGGGGACACAUUCUUACUGAACUACAAAAUGCUUUCAAAUUAUAUAUUGUUUUGAUCAGGUGCUAAGAUUCACACAAAAGAUAAUGAAAAGAAAAGAACUUUCAAUGGGCAAAAAGAGAAUGCAAAAAUUUCAAUUUGCCCAUAGUUUAUUAGUAUAUUUAAUUUUGGCCUAUUACAUUAAAGCUAAAGGUCAUUAGAAUUGCCUUAGAUUACUGUCUUAAAAAAAUGACAAAUCAAGGAUUUUUGUGGGUAAUUUUCAGUCUUCACUCACAAAAUAAGUUGCUUUGUGAUACAGACCAUGUUAAUGACUUGCCUCCUCAUAAGUUAUUUUAAUAUAACAGCAUGCUGCCCAGUUAAAACUGUGUUCAUCAUGUUACUUGUUUCUAGUUAUUUUUUUACAAUUAAAUUGAAACUUUAUUUAUUUGAAUAUUAACAUCUUCCUUUAGGAAAUACGUUAUUUAUAGCUAACUUGUUGAAAAAAAAAUUAAAUGCUCUAUUAAACACAAAUUAGUACCUGCUUUGAAAAUCAAAAAAAUGUCCAGUUAGUUAAACUAAAGCCAAAAUAAGAAUUGAGUUUCUUCCUUGCUGCUGACAAAAAAGCUUGAGAUUUUAUAUUUUUUUCUAAUUUUCAUAAUUAUUAUUCAUGGGCAUUAUUGAGAUAUUUAGAUUUUCAGAAAUUGGCCUUUUUUAUUGAAAAAAAUUUCUAAAGAAACUUUUUGUAAGUUGCUCAUUUUUAAAUAACAAAAUUGGUUUAAAACUCAGUAAAUCUUCAUCAUAAUGUAUUUAUUAUUUUAUCAAGGUGCAAUUCAAGUUUUCAUUAUCCAAGCUCAUCUCAAGAGAACUAUUUUUCUUUGUCCAAGCACAAAUCUCAAUAUUUCAAGUUUGCUCUCAUGGAUGUUGAUAGGAAAAAUUUCCCAUCAUGCAUUUUUUCAAGUUUUUAUGUUUUAUACUUUAAAAAUGAAUCCUUCACAAAAGUGCUAAAAAUCUGAAGGUGAGCAGCACAUAUUUAUAAAGGUCAAAUAAAGUGACCUGUGUCUCAUGUGCUCUAAACACUAUAUAUAGUCUAUUAAAAUUAUACAAUUUAAAAAAAAAUAUUGUCAGGAAUUUUUCUUGAACACGUUCAUGAAACAGAUACAUAAUUGGUAUUAGAAUAUUUAUAUGCAUAUUUUUACUAAGUGCUAUGUGAGAAUUUGUUUCCAGUAGUUGUACUAUUUGAACAUGUUAAAUGUGCAAUCUAUGGUAAUAUAUAAAAAACUUUUUUCUA